CCGGAGCUUUCUUUUGGUUUUACACCUUUACCCUCUGAAAAGAGUGAGGCAGUUGAAGAAAACCAGUUCAAAAACCUUUCCUGUCUCUUUUCGUGGAUUUGCUUAAGCGAUUUGCAUAACUAUUCACUUAGGAUUGUAUAAAUUACUCCUGGUUGCCCCUCUUCUUAGACUACUUGCAAGUACCUGCCCAGGUAAACAGGAAGCAAGCAUUUUCCUGAGCACCUGUGUCCUUACUGAAGAAGGAAGAGGAAGAAUGGGGAUUGCAGGCCCCUCCUGCCUUCUGAGUUGUGCCCUUCGCUGUAAUCCUUCACAGACGCACAUCCUUCUGCUCCAUCACACAACUCAACCGCCCGUGUCUGGCAUUUGGGGUUGGGAUGUGUCAGCCUGGAGAGAGCAGGCCCCACAGGGUUUUCCUCCUCCUCUUCCUUCUUGUUUCUUUAACAGAUAAUGCUUAUUGGCUGCAUACCAUAUGCCAGAUACUCUGCUAGGCACUUUUCCAGGCCUUAUCUCAUUUAAUCCUCAUAACAACAGCAUGAGGAAGUUUCCACUGCUGGGAGCCAGCAGUAGAUGGAGCCUCCCUGGGUGCACCCUGAGUCACACAGAAGGCCAGCAGCACAGGGUCAACUCUCACCAGCGGGAAGGACACUAUCCAGGGUGAGUGAUUUUCCAGCAAUUGCUUUGGCCUCUUCAACCAGAGAACAGGAUUCUCCUCUUCCUUUUGGUCACCAAAUGCCUAUGUGCACUGCAUGGACCAGUGAGGGGAGAAGGGUGGAGCUUCUUGGAUGAUGAUGGACAUCCCCCCGGGCAGGAUGAAGGCAGAGAGUGUGGCAUCACCACCUGAAGGGUGCAGCGUGACCUUCCUCGUGUCCCUUCCCAGCCAGCACUCUGCCUCCCAGGUCCACCAUGGUGUUUGGUGAGUUUUUCCAUCACCCUGGACAAGACGAGGAACUUGUGAACUUGAACGUGGGUGGCUUUAAGCAGUCUGUUGACCAGAGCACCCUCCUGCGCUUUCCUCAUACGAGACUGGGGAAGUUACUGACCUGCCGCUCUGAAGAGGCCAUCCUGGAGCUGUGUGACGACUACAGUGUGGCCGACAGGGAGUACUACUUUGACCGGAACCCCUCCCUGUUCAGAUAUGUUUUGAAUUUUUACUACACAGGGAAGCUGCACGUCAUGGAGGAGCUGUGCGUGUUCUCCUUCUGCCAGGAGAUUGAGUACUGGGGCAUCAACGAGCUCUUCAUUGAUUCCUGCUGCAGCAACCGCUACCAGGAACGCAAGGAGGAAAACCACGAGAAGGACUGGGACCAGAAAAGCCACGAUGUGAGUACCGACUCCUCCUUUGAAGAGUCAUCCCUGUUUGAGAAGGAGCUGGAGAAGUUCGACAAGCUGCGGUUCGGUCAGCUCCGGAAGAAGAUUUGGAUCAGAAUGGAAAACCCGGCGUCCUGCCUGUCCGCUAAGCUGAUUGCCAUCUUCUCCCUGAGUGUGGUGCUGGCCUCCAUCGUGGCCAUGUGCAUCCACAGCAUGUCAGAGUUCCAGAAUGAGGAUGGAGAGGUGGAUGACGCUGUGCUGGAAGGUGUGGAGAUCGCUUGCAUCGCUUGGUUCACCGGGGAGCUUGCCAUCCGAUUAGUUGCUGCCCCCUGUCAAAAGAAAUUCUGGAAAAACCCUCUGAACAUAAUUGACUUUGUCUCCAUUAUUCCCUUCUAUGCUACCUUGGCAGUAGACACCAAAGAAGACGAGAGCGAGGACAUCGAGAACAUGGGCAAGGUGGUCCAGAUCCUCCGGCUGAUGAGGAUUUUCCGAAUUCUGAAGCUUGCCCGGCACUCAGUAGGACUUCGGUCUCUAGGGGCUACCCUGAGACACAGUUACCAUGAAGUUGGCCUGCUGCUUCUCUUCCUGUCUGUGGGCAUUUCCAUCUUCUCUGUGCUUAUCUACUCUGUGGAGAAAGAUGACCACACGUCUAGCCUCACCAGCAUCCCCAUCUGCUGGUGGUGGGCCACCAUCAGCAUGACGACUGUGGGCUACGGAGACACCCACCCAGUCACCUUGGUCGGGAAGCUUAUUGCCAGUACAUGCAUCAUCUGUGGCAUCUUGGUGGUGGCCCUACCAAUCACCAUCAUUUUCAACAAGUUUUCCAAGUAUUACCAGAAGCAGAAGGACAUUGAUGUGGACCAGUGCAGUGAGGACCCACCGGAGAAGUGCCACGAUCUACCUUACUUUAACAUUAGGGAUAUUUAUGCACAGCGGGUGCACGCCUUCAUUUCCAGCCUGUCUUCUGUCGGGAUUGUGGUGAGCGAGCCUGACUCCACAGACGCUUCAAGCAUUGAAGACAAAGAUGUUCAUCAUACCACAUCCUUGGAGAACUGCACAGCAAAAUGAGCAGGGCUGUUUGUACCUGUAUCUUGUGUCCCUUCCUAACCCUAGGUUAAUACAGCUUUAUAAACCUCAAUGGGUUUGUUAAAAAUCAUUUAAUUCUCAGGGUGUAUCUUUUAGCCAUAGUUGGACACUCAUUGCUGGAUUCUGAAGUGAGAGAAUUAUCUUUAUUUUUCUCCGCGAAGACAAUUAAAUAUUUUGUUCUGAAAUUUAUUUUUUCAAAAGAGAGAAUUGUGAUAUGGUUUUGGAAUACAAGGUAAAUGGUAUCGGGUGGGAUUUGUUGCUCCAGCUUAUGCAUCAUUCUGUUUGUCAUUUACUCACAUUGAGCUAACUGUAAAUUACUGACAAGUAGAAUCAAAGGUCCAGCCGACUGAAGACGACAUGCAUGUGAGAUCCAUAAACUGAGACAACGCAUGUAAAUCCAUGCUCAUGUUCUAGACAUGGAAAUUAGGAGCCUAAUAAACUUCCUAAUUCAGUAUGGA